AACUUAUUAAAUAGAUUUUACUAUGUCUACAGAAGCGCAAUCUGCGAAAACGGAACAGUCGAGCACAGGUGCAGACCAAUACGCAAACAGCUACUAUCAACAGUAUCAGCAGCAAUGGCCUGGGCAGCAAACUCAAGAUGCAAGUCAGCAACAACAGCCUCAGGCAUAUGAUCAAAAUGCUUACAAUCAGAUGUAUGCCCAAUAUCAACAAUCUGCUGAUCCUGCAGCGCAAGGGCAACAAACACAAGCUUAUGAUCAGUAUAGUCAACAAUACUCUCAAUAUCAAGCGUAUGCAGGUCAAACACAACAGACAGGCCAAACGGGAAACGACCAAUAUCCACAGCAAUCGAAUCAGUGGCAGCAGCCGCAAUCCCAGUAUCAGCAGGGGCAAGGAGGAUACAACGGAUCUAGUCAACAAGGAGGAUAUGGCGGUGGACAAUAUGGUGGACGUGGAGGAAGUGGUGGCUCAUAUGACAGCAGUAGUCGAGGUGGGGGAUACGGGUCAUAUGACAGUAGAGGGGGCAGUCGAGAUAGAGGAGGCUACGGUGGCGAUCGCGGGGGACAUCGCGGCGGAGGCUCCUACGGUGGCGGUGGCGGCGGACCCCGGGGAGGGGGUAGAGGUGGAUUCAAUUCUGGAUUUCAGCUAACACCAAAGGAGCCAGACUCUGUGAAAGUGACUGGGUACCCAUCUGGAACUACACUGGAGGAGCUCAUUGAACACUUUAGCCAAAUUGGGGUACUCAAGAAAGACAAGAGAACUGGGAAGGAGAAAGUGACGUGGAAUGGAAGUGAUCACUCUACUGCAUACGUGACCUUCGAUGACCCCUACACUGUGAACAACUGCAUCUCCUGGUUCAACGGAAAAGACUUCAAAGGCCAGCCAAUAACAGUCGAGAUGGACGAGUGGGGAAAGCGAAACCAGGACAAUGCGAACGCCGGAGGCGCUGGAGGAGGAGGAGGUGGAAGUGGGUACUCGAGUAGUGGUGGAGGAGGCGGAGAUAGAGGAGGCAAUAGUUAUGGCAACAAGAGGAGCUAUGAUGACUACAGAGGAGGCGGUGGUCGGGGAAGUGGAGGAGGGGACUACAGGGGCAGUCGGGAUAGUGACAGAGGCGACAGAGGGGGCGGUGAUAGAGGAGGAAGCCGAUAUGACGAUGACUAUAAGCGACCGAGAGCCGAUGGUGGACGAGGUGGAGGCGGUGGUGGUGGUGGUGGUUUUGAUGGCGACUGGAUCUGUGGUCAAUGUCAGGGAAACAACUUUGCUCGAAGAACCGACUGCUUCAAGUGCAGAGCACCCAAGGAUGAGUCCAGCACCCCUGGCGGGGGCGAUGGAGGCUUCCGUGGAGGUCGAGGCGGUGGACCUCCAGGUGGAUUCCGGGGUGGCCGAGGAGGCGUAGGCGGAGGAGGCGGGACUGAUAGAGGACCUCCUGGCCAUGUGCAGAACCCAGGAGACUGGACGUGUCCAGACUGCAGCAACAUGAAUUUCGCCAAGAGGAUGGAGUGCAAUAGAUGCAAAGCACCCAGACCCCCGGGAUCAGGACCCCCUCCAAGCAGAGGAGGUUUCGGUGGGUUUAGAGGCGGUGGUGGUGGUCGAGGAGGAUCAGAGGUUUCAGACUUCGGUGGACGAGGUGGCGGCGGAGGAUUUGGUAGAGGCGGAGGUCGAGGAGGACCCCCACGUGGAGGAGGCGGAGGAUACGGCGGACCUCGAGAAGGAGGGUAUCGAAGGGACGGUGACAGAGACCACAGCGGAAGUCGAGAUGACAGAGAUAAAAGGUCACGAUAAUUAGCAGUAUGUGAGAAAUGUUGGCAGGUCAUCUGGACGAAACCUCAUUGACAAGCGAUAAAUGUUUUAUUACUCUCCUUUGUGCGUUCAAACCAAACUUUAUUUUAACAGUGAAUUGUGCUGAUCUCGAUGAUUGCGUCUAAUGCUUCUUUUGCUCCAAGAUGAUUGUUUUCCGCGAUGUUAAUAAAUUAGAGCCCAAUGCGCAUGCACUUAAACUUUUGCCUCUUUUUGUGCAAAGGUGUUAAUUUUUUUUGUCGACUCGUUAUAGAGCUCUUGUUACUACUUUUUCUGUUCUCUAAUCGCUGUUGUGAGAUUUUGUUGUAUUUUAAGUUAUAUGCAUCGAAAUUGAAUUUUUGUUGUAAA